AUGGCCACAGAUCAAGAUUUCAGCUUCCCCAUAAUCGGAGACAACUUCCCAUGUAGCAUUGAUUCUCCACCUUUGUGGCAUCUCUCUCCAGCAGCCUCUGCAAAUUCCUGCCAUGAGGAAGAGGAAGAGGCAAAUUCCUGCCAUGAGGAAGAGGAAGAGGAAGAGGAAGAGGAAGAUUGUUUUGCUCCAAAACCAAUACAGAAUUCUCAAAGAAGAAGCUUUUCAUACGUAAAGGGUGGCGGAAAAUUGAUGAAUGGUGAGAAGGAAGAUGAUGAUGAAGAGGAAAAGAUGGACAUGUUGUGGGAAGAUUUCAAUGAAGAGCUCAUGUGUAGAAUUACUUCAUGUAGUUCAAGAUCUAAUGCAUAUGCGUCUUCUUCGAGAGAUAAUAAUAAUAUGGUGGAAUUGGGAUGUGUUAAGGCAAUGGCAGCAACGCCCAAAAAUCCAGGCACUGCGCUUUCGACCAGGAAGCCAGGCAUGUUGGUGAUGAUGAAGGUCUUGAAGAAGCUUUUCUUGCUCCAAAAUUCUCAUCGGAAACUCAAAAGAAGAGGACCACAUAGUCAUCAAUGA